AUGCCCACUAUUGUACGCACCGGCAGUCGCCGCGUCUUAGCACGUUUGUUUGCUUGUGGCGGUUACAUCAUCGUAACUUCAACAACCGUGCACCUCUCAAAGUCUUCAUCACUGGACGUGUCUCCGACGCUUGCCAUGCUGCCUGUAGAGCUCAUACGUGAGAUCAUCUUCUGUUAUGUCGACGACGCUACGCCCGAGAAGCCAACCAGCCUGGUCCACCCCCAUCUCUCGCACGUCCGGUUCAACAAUAGAUCAAAGGCGGAUUCACAUUCCUUCUCUUCGCUUAGCCUGGUGUCGAAGGUCUUUCGUGAGAUCACUUUGCAGGCGUGGUUUCAAACCUUCGUGAUGCGUGUACCUACAGUACAUCUGACGGGUUUGUCGACCAUACCAGGAGUGGCGCAAUGGACAAGUGUCAAGACAGGGCUGUGGCUCGGGCUCUUCUCUGUCAGGCGGAGUCUCAUGGCGUUCGUCCGUUUACGCAAGUUGCGAAUCGACGCGUUUCCCUCUGAUCACUCCUACAUACUCCUGGAGAUGCUCGAGGAGCUGCCGCUCACUGUUGUCGAGCUGGAGCUGCGGUACCUUGCGUGGCCGAGUCCGCAGCAGCUCGUUCCUGCAGCGACACUUCUGCCAAAUCUACGCGUUCUGGAGAUGCAUCAAGAAAGCGCGUGGUGCAGCCUCUGCAAUACGUGCAGAAUAUUGCGUCUUAAGGACGAUUCAGUUUCUAUCACGUAUACCAAUGGCGAUGGUCUCCCUGUGCGUGCACCUGCUUUUCUUGGUUAUAGCGCCACUCACCCUGUCAACACCUCACAAAUUGUACAAUCGCUACCUGGCCUUUAUUACAUCUGCACACGGUGCGCUUAA